AUGAAGCAGCAUUUGAGCUUCUUGGCUUUGAACAUUGUCCUCAGGAUGGUCACCGGACAACGGUAUGAUUUAGAUGAAGGAAAAGAGUUUAGUGAAACUCUGGAUGAGUUUGUCAAUCUACUUGGUAUGUUCACCGUCUCUGAUGCGAUCCCAUUGCUGGGGUGGCUAGAUGUGGGUGGUCACCUCAAGGCCAUGAAGAGAAUUCACCUGAAGAUGGAUCAAGUUGCCUCGGCUUGGCUUGCAGAGCACUGCCCGAAGGAGUCCAGUAGCGCUGGCGAGAAGAGAGACUUGAUUGACGUGCUCAUUAAAGAAUUAGAAGACGGCCACUUGUCGGAAAAUCAUCAAACUGACGCCAUUAUUAAAGCUACCACUAUGGCCAUAGUCAAAGAGUCAAUGUGCCUAUACCCAGCGACGCCGCUUUUGCUUCCACACGAGUCAAUGGAACCUGUUCAACUUGCUGGGUUCGAGGUGCCGGUUGGCUCAACCUUGUUUGUUAACGUGUGGAAGAUUCAUCGUGACCCAACAUUCUGGACGGACCCAGAAGAGUUCAAGCCAAAGAGGUUCUUGUGCAGCCGCAAUGAGCUGACCAGCUUUGGUGGUCAGGACUUUGCAUUCUUGCCAUUUGGGUCGGGAAGGAGGGGGUUUAAAUGGUCUACACCAAUGGAUGAGCCGGUUGACAUGACGGAGGGACAUGAACUAGCCCUGCCCAAAGCAACUCCACUUGGAGUCCUUUUGAGAACCACACCUCUCCAUAGAACUCUUGCUGCUCUUUCAGAGAAGCACGGGCCUCUCUUCAGUCCCCAACUGGGACAAAGGCGUGCCAUUGUGGUGAGCAGCACGGACCUGGCCAAGGAGUGCUUCACUGUCAAUGACCGAGCCUUCGCCGGUCGGCCACAGCUAGAAGGUUGGAAACGCCUUGGCUAUGAUCGUGCCACUUUCGCAUUCAUCUCAUACGGACCUCACUUUCGUGAACUCCGCAAGAUCGUCGCCACCGACCUGCUGUCAAGCCAGCAACUCGAGCUGGUCAAACACAUCCGGGUCGAUGAAGUAGGCUCCUUGGUGCGGCGUCUGUAUGGCAGUUGCAGCAACCAUGAUCCGGUUGAGAUGAACCAGCAUUUGAGCUGCUUGGCCAUGAACAUCGUCCUCAGGAUGGUCGCCAGAAAACAGUACUUUGAUUUAGACGGUGAAGGAAAAGAGUUUAGAGAAGCUCUGGCUGAGUUUAACAAUCUAGUUGGUACGUUCACCGUCUCUGACGCAAUCCCGUGGCUGGGGUGGCUAGAUGUGGGUGGCCACCUGCAGGCCAUGAAGAGGGUUCACCUGAAGAUAGAUGGAGUUGCCUCGGCUUGGCUUGCAGAGCACCGCCAGAAGGAGUCCAGUAGCGCCGGCGAGGAGAGAGACUUGAUUGACGUGCUCAUUAAAGAAUUAGAAGAUGGCCACUUGUCCGAAAAUCAUCAAACUGAUGCCAUAAUUAAGGCCACCGCUACGGUUUUGGUAGUAGCGGGGACCGAGACCACAGCAGUCACACUUGAGUGGGCUCUCUCUCUCUUGCUAAAUAACCCACAUCUCCUAAAGAAAGCCCAUGAUGAGUUAGACUGCCACAUCGGCAAAGAGCGACAAGUGGAUGAAACAGAUGUCAACAACUUGCCUUAUUUGCAAGCCAUAGUCAAAGAGUCAAUGCGCCUAUAUCCAAUGGGACCGCUUUUGGUCCCACAUGAGUCAAUGGAAUCCAUUCAACUUGGUGGGUUCGAGUUGCCGGUUGGCUCAACUCUGUUUGUUAAUGUGUGGAAGAUUCAUCACGAUCCGACAUUGUGGAUGGACCCAGAAGAAUUCAAGCCAGAGAGGUUCUUGAGCAGCUGCAAUGAGAUGACCAGCUUUGGUGGUCAGGACUUUGCGUUCUUGCCAUUUGGAUCGGGAAGGAGGAUCUGCGUCCACUGGCAGAUGGCCAUGCAAGUUCUUCACCUAACUGUGGCGCGCUUGCUGCAGAGCUUUGAAUGGUCUACACCCAUGAAUGAGCCGGUUGACAUGACCGAGGGACAUGGCCUAGCCCUGCCCAAAGCAACUCCGCUUAGUGCUUUUGAGGCCCCGUCUCCCUCCCCACCUCUAUUAGUUACUUGUUUUUAG